CCUCAGGCAGCAAUGAGCCUGGUGACCUGUGAAUGCCCGCCUGGCCCAGGCCUGGAGCCUGAACCCUGCUCCCGAGCCCGGUCCCAGGCCCAAAUGUACCUGGAGCAGAUUCGAAACCGGGUGGCCCUGGGGGCACCCGACACGACCAAGCGCGACUACCUGGUGGACGCGGCCACACAAAUCCGGCUGGCCCUGGAGCGCGACGUCAGCGAGGACUACGAGGCGGCCUUCAACCACUACCAGAACGGCGUGGACGUGCUGCUCCGCGGAAUGCAUGUCGACCCCAACAAGGAGCGAUGCGAGGCCGUGAAGCUGAAAAUCACCAAGUACCUGAGGCGGGCAGAGGACAUCUUCAACUGCCACCUGCAGAGGACACUGGGCAGCGGAGCCAGCCAGGGCACGGGUUUCAGCAGCCUGCGCCUCCGGCCCAUCCGCACGCUGAGCUCGGCCCUGGAGCAGCUGCGGGGCUUCAGGGUGGUCGGGGUCAUCGAGAAGGUGCAGUUGGUCCAGGACCCAGCGACCGGAGGGACCUUUGUGGUGAAGAGCCUGCCCAGGUGCCAUGUGGCGAGUCGGGAGCGGCUGACUAUCAUCCCGCAUGGCGUCCCCUACAUGACCAAGCUGCUGCGUUACUUCGUGAGCGAGGACUCCAUAUUCCUGCACCUGGAGCACGUGCAAGGCGGCACGCUCUGGUCCCACCUGCUCUCCCAGGCGCGCCCUCCACAGCCUGCACCAAGGCCUGGCUCCGCUCAGCAGAGGAAGGAGGCUCAGCUCUACCCCCACCUCAGCCUGCAGGGCCCAGGGCUGCACCCCCCAGGCCACCCCCGCCAGCAGGACAGACUGCCCCUGGGCCCAACGAGGAUAUCACAGAGCCUCCCCGUGGCCAGGGAAGCCCCUUCCACCAGACCCCUGAGGGGGCCUGAAGGCGAACCCACCGCCAGGACCUGCCCUGCCCGUUCCCCUGACCUGCCCAUGGCCUCCAGCGGCCACCCAUUCCUCCAAGCCAGGCGGGACCCCGGCUGGAGCUCGGACACCAGACCCCCUCGGGGGCUCUCUUGGGUGCGAGAGGGAGCCGGCCGGGUGCUGGGGGGCUGCGGCCGAGGCAGAGUUCCCAGCCGCCCCUCGGUGGAUGGGGCCAGUUUGGGGUCUGGCGGGGGUGCCUGGAGAGUGAGGGAGGAGCAGGUGAAGCAGUGGGCGGCCGAGCUGCUGCUGGCCCUGGAGGCCCUGCACGAGCAGGGGGUGCUGUGCCGGGACCUCAACCCCCGGAAUCUGCUCCUGGACCAGGCAGGUCACGUCCGGCUCACGUACUUUGGCCAGUGGUCAGAAGUGGAGCCCCAGUGCUGCCGAGAGGCCGCGGACGACCUGUACAGCGCCCCAGAGGUGGGUGGGAUUUCGGAGCUGACGGAAGCCUGUGACUGGUGGAGCUUUGGGUCCCUGCUGUACGAGCUGCUGACGGGAAUGGUGAGCGGCUGGGCAGUGUGGAGAGCUGGGUGGGGGCUGCUGAGCCUGCCCCCACUGACACCCCACAGGAAGACACUCCACCCACAUCCACUCCACAGAUGUGCUCUGAAGCAUGCCCUGCCGACUCCCCCCCUCCACCUCCCCCCCCCAAUACACACCCUAGCUAAUGAGUGA